AUGGGCAGCAGAAGGAGGAGUGAUACAGGAGGAGGAGGAACAGCCCCAGGAGAAGGAGGAGGCUCCGUGCCCCGCCAGGCUCUUCAGGGCACAUCGUUCCCUGCCGUGGGACUGCAGCGGGGAAGGCGGCGGCGGGGCUUUCCCAGCCGCACUGCCAAGCUCUGCAUUUCUGGCGAAAGCGGGGAAGGGAAGGCACGGGACGGGAGGCUUUCACAUCCUCAAACCCCAGGGAAACAUCUGCUGCUGCUGUCGCCCAUAGCGCCAUCCAAAAUCCUCCCGCCCGCUGAGAACAAUUACUUAAUCCCAAUCCAUCGCCGCUCCAGGGGCAGCCCCUUUGAAACAGCCAGUCCUGCGGCAUUCCGGACUGCACCCGGCCAGAGACACAGGCGACUGGCCUCGUACUUCUGGCUGUUGUUCCUAAGAAAAGAUGAUCACCAACAGUAUCCAAGCCUGUUAAAGAAGAUGUGCAUGCCUGUUGUCAGGGAUCCUGAGAGCAAUUAUGGCUUUUCCAGCUUUGAAGAGAAAAACAGUAAUUAUUUCCUUAAAUUUUAUCUACUCAGCCCUCCUGUAGAGGUGAAUUACCCUUUAUUCUCACACCAGGAUGUUGUGCCUUUAAGAGAUCCCUGUUCAGGUUUUGUGAGUCCAGUGGCAGAUGCUGAACAGCAGCCCAGUUUUGGAAGAGCUAUUGAACCCCUCGUAGACUACAGUGAUAUGAAACCUCACCAUGUAAGCCAAAGCUCUUGAACCUGUCAUAUCCCUUUGUAUACUGGCUGUGCUGGUGCAGUAUAUUUUGAAGACAUUGACAAUGGCGAUGUAGACUUAUUUCCACUUAACCAUGUGCAAACUUCAAAGCCUCACUACACGAGCACUGCACACACUCCAGCUAUCCCUGGAUACACUGGCAAGGUUCAUUGAUCAGCAACUCACCCGGGAAAUUCUAAUCUUCCAUCAACAACCCCAUCAGUAAUUGCACGAAUGCAUGGAUACAUAGCAAAACAUGCAUGCUUGUCUCAGUAUAAGCACCAAGGACUUUUUUCUCAAGUGUUUACUCCAGUUGGUCCUCAGAAUUCUUUCAACAAGGCAGAAAAAGAAACCUUUACAAUUUAG